AUGCGGAGGGUGGUCGUGACUGGUCUGGGAGCGGUUACACCGCUUGGCGUUGGCAUCCGUCGUACUUGGUCUCGUCUCCUCGACGGCCAUUGCGGUAUCGUCAAUGUUGCAGACCGUCAUCCCCGGUUCUCCGAGAUCCCAGCCCAGAUUGCUGCGGUUGUACCGUUAGGGAAUCGCAAGGAAGGAGGUUGGACGGUCUCGGAAUGGUUGAAUCGUGAUGAAGAGCGAAGAAUGGCUACUUUUGCACAAUUUGCCGUGGCUGCUACUGAAGAAGCUCUGGAGGAUGCUGCGUGGCGACCUACGUCUGAUGAGCAGCGUGAAGCUACAGGAGUAUGCUUGGGAUCUGGUAUUGGCAAUUUCGACCAAAUUUAUGAUACCGUUGUAGCGUUUGAGAAUAAUGGAUACAAAAAGGUUUCUCCUCUAUUUGUCCCAAAGUUACUCAUCAAUCUUGGUGCUGGGCAAAUUUCGAUGAAGUACGGCUUGAUGGGACCGAAUCAUGCUGCAACGACUGCAUGUACUACCGGAGCACACUCCAUCGGAGAUGCCGCUCGGUUUAUCGCCUUUGGCGAUGCAGAUGUCAUGGUCACAGGUGGCGCAGAGUCUUGCAUUCAUCCUUUGGCAUUAGGCGGUUUUGCGCGAGCAAGAAGCCUGGCGACGGAUUUUAAUGAAAAUCCUACCAAAGCAUCUCGGCCUUUUGAUGCGGAUCGGCAGGGGUUUGUUGUUGGUGAAGGUGCUGCUGUUAUGAUUCUCGAAGAACUGGAACAUGCCAAAGCACGAGGCGCCCGCAUCUACGCUGAGUUCAAAGGAUACGGCACAUCAGGAGAUGCAUUUCAUAUCACCGCGCCAAAAGAAAACGGUGCCGGUGCAUUAUCAGCGAUGAGAAGAGCUCUCAAGCAUGCCAAGAUUCCCCCUUCAGCUGUCGAUUAUGUUAACGCCCAUGCAACAUCGACUGUUGUGGGUGACGCGGCUGAAAAUGCUGCUGUCAAGGCUUUGCUACUGGACACUACAGGAGGACAGGGGAAACAGAAAGCUGCUGAUAUUAAUGUGAGCAGCACCAAAGGUGCUAUUGGACAUUUAUUAGGAGGAGCUGGGGCUAUUGAAGCCAUUUUUUCCGUCCUGGCUAUUCACGAGAGUAUUAUGCCACCUACCAUCAAUCUAGGGACCAGAACAGCUGAAUUCGACUGCAACUAUGCUGCCAACGAAGCACAGGAACGGAAGCCCAGAAUCUUGCAACAGUCUCAGGAGACUCAUGCACUGGUGCUAGAUCUCUUCUUUACGCUCCCCUUAUCUCUUCUCUCCACUCUAAAGACUAUGGCAGCGGGUCAGGCGAGUAUCAAUUUUGUGGACGCGUCAGGGUACAAGUUCUCAGAGAAAGAUACCAAACCUGGCAAAAUCAAGUUGAAGAAGCAGGCUGGGAAGGGCGCCAAGACAGGGAAUAAGUCUGAACCGCAAGGAUCGCCCGGUGGCUCCCCCGUCCUUCCGCAAAUGGACGCCAAAACGAUCGCAGCCUUCCCAUCUGGAAAACCACGAGAAGAAGAACUCGAGACCGUGAUUUGCAAACAUUGCAAAAGACCACAACUAAAAACCACCGCUGUGGAACACAUCCGAGAAUGCUUAAAGGCUAAACAGGAGAAAGCGCGUAAAAAGAAAGAGGCUCGUGAUGCAAAAAAUCAAGCCAAGAUCGCCGAUAGUAAGGACGGUGAAGAUGACGAUAAAGAUGACGACGGAAUCAAGGGGCAAAAGACCGCUAAAAAGGGCGCGGUAAAGGGAAUGGCAGACGAUGGACCGAAGAAAGGCAAGAAACGCAAAGCGGCAGAUGGCGAAGAUGAGAAGGAUGGUAAAGAACCGAAAAAGAAGAAAAAGAAGGAAGAGCCUAAACCAAAAGUACCUAAACCCAAGGGUCCGGUGGAUGUUGAGAAGCAAUGUGGUGUUCUGUUGCCGAAUGGGUCGAUGUGUGCGAGAUCGCUUACUUGCAAGAGCCAUUCUAUGGGUGCGAAGCGUGCGGUUCCUGGUCGUUCACUACCGUAUGAUAUGCUUUUGCAAGCUUAUCAGAAGAAGAAUCAAGCUCGUCAACAAAAAGCUGCGAUUGAUGCCAAUGCUCCUCUACAAGAUGAUUUUGAGAACAACGGUCCUGUUGACUCGGACGAAGAGCGCGAUGCCGUCAUGGCUGCUAUUUCGCGGUCACAUCCGACACCACUAGCUGUUCAUACGCUGAUACCAACACGCAAGAAGUAUCAUUACGUGCGUAUGAAGGAAAUGUUGUCAAACGUCCUCGGCGGCGCUCGCGGAGGAGGUCUAUUCUCUACCGGACCGGCGACGAACGGAGAAACAAAUGGACUCUUUCAGACUGAGAGUCCGACUAUGGGUACUGCUACUGCCACAGCGUCGUCUACUCUACAGGACUCUUCUGCUGCAGGAGAUGUGUCAAAGAAACAGGCCAAUCCUCAGGCAACACCCGUUAACCGUCCUGCGAAUGUAGCCACUACACCAAAGACAGCUGUGGCAGCUACAUCUUAG